CAAUUACCUUUAUAUAUUUUUUUGUUCUGUGCAGCUCUGCACAAACGGAUAAGUGCUAAAAUUAAUAUGUUGAUUGUUUUUAUACUUCCAAACGCCGGUGCGUAAUAAAUUUUACUUGCUAUUUUAAUUAUAAUUCUCGAAUAAAACUGCAAUUAUAUAAUGGAGAACGACAUCAACAAACCUUAUAAAAUCUGUGAUGUUAACCGAGACAAAAAGAAAGGUAUUGUAGCUUCGUCUUUGGAAGAUCUACUUGCAAAAGUUCCCGAAAAAUUGGGUUUACCUAGUGAAAAUUUGACAGUUGUCCUAGAAUGUGAUGGUACAGAGGUCGAUGACGAUGAAUAUUUCUCUACAUUAGACCCCGAUACAGCACUAAUGAUCUUACACGGUAAUGAAAAAUGGGCCCCGAAUAUGCCCAAGUGUCAAGUUUCGCUAGACCAAACAGACGAAGUGACGCUUGGAGACAAGGGACAGGUCGCUAAUCUUGUAGGAAGACUACAACAUAAUCUUUGUCAUAUUUCAUUACUUGGAGGGCAAGACCUGGAACUUCUCUCGGAUAUGGAUCCAGAUAGCCUUGCUGAUAUUGUAACAGACCGGGACAAUCGAAUUAUUUUAGAACAUAUUAAAGAAGCUUCUGGAAGGAUACUUCUAGAAAAACGUCAAGCACAAGAUGCUAUGGAAUUACUAAAACUAUAUCAUCAGAGUGUAGCAAACGGCAAUGAAGAUGUGUCACCACCAAGUCAGGAGGGGAUUUAAAAAACUUCAAUGUAAUCUCAACCUCAACAGUGUCCUACUAAUCUGACCCUAUAUUUAUUUCUAAGGGAUGGUAAAUCUCAAAAGUUUACAAAGAAAUUUUCAUACUUUAGGCUCCCAUGCUUGCAAAUAAUUUUGUAUGAAUGCAAAAAAUAGAGUAAAGGUAUGGCUCAAUAAAAUUACUACUUAAUAUUAGUUAUAAUCAUUAUUAUAAGAUUCAAAAUAGUAAUCCAUUAAUAACACCAAAAAAUAU